AUGAAGAAAUCGUCCGGAAACGCUCAAAAGAUCAUCGCCAAGUCCGACAAGAAAGAGAAAGGAAUCGCCAUAAGCAUCAUGAACAGCUUCGUCAACGAUCUGUUCGAACGCAUAGCCGCUGAAUCCAGUCGUCUGGCUCACUACAACAAACGUUCGACCAAAAGCAGCCGGGAAAUUCAAACUGCAGUCCGUCUUUUGUUACCAGGUGAAUUGGCCAAACACGCAGUCUGUGAAAGAACUAAGGCCGUGACCAAAUAA